ACCUAGAUUCUUACGGAAGGGAAGAUCGAGCCUACCAGUACCAGACCAGGAAGUAAUCAAUCAAUCCUGCACUUGUUAAUCAAACUCAUCUCCUUUGGGUGAAAAUGGACGCCGCCGAUUCAGUCUCUCAGGUUCAAUCUCAAACUACUGCCAAUUCUACCGCCGCCUAUUCCACGGCGAUUCCUCCGAUUCCUCAUCGUCGUCCCAGAGUAAGAGAAAUCAGUUCUCGAUUUAUGUCAUCAUUAGCCUCUCCUUCUCCUUCUCCCUCUUCCUCAAUCUCAUACACUCCUUGCGCUUCUCAACAUCGGGCAAAGUCGCCCACUCCGAAAUAUGGUGUUUCAACUCCUCUUCCUUCCGCCGCUUUCCAUUCGAAUCAGCAUCAACGUUCCAACUCUGCACAGAGAAGUCGAGGAGGAGGAGGAGAGCCAGAUCUAUUGCGUUGUUCAGAUGAAAAUGUCAAAGAAUCGGUUAUUCGAAGCUUAGAAGCGCAAUUGCGUAUAAACCCUAGCAAGCAACAGCAAGUAACUUCUCUACAACAACAACAACAACAACAGAGGAAGCCUCGUAUUGCAUCAUCCUCGGUCAAGCUUCCCAAGGACAAGGAAAACGUGGGGAAAUCGCCGGAUCAUGAAUCUUCGAGAAGAAGUCUGGAGUCACAAAUCGAGUCUGUUGGUUCCAAGGUACGGAAUGGAACUUUUGGGUUAUCAAAGAGACCUGACACGCCUGUUCCUACGGGGGGAUCGGCAACAGAAAGAAUAGUAUCUUCGAGGUACAGGCUAUGCUCCCGCAGCCUUGACCGCUCAUUGUCUGGCCGAGCACCAGCACCUGUUUCUUCCGCUGCCAAUCUAUUACGGUCAAGUGGGAUGUCGAUGUCCUCGUCAGUUUCCACCAACGAUUUUUCUUCUUCCGGGUACACUUCAGCCUCCGAGACUUGUGAUGGCGAUGAUGAUGAUGAUGAUGACGACGAUCAUAGUACAGCAACAUUGUCUGAACCGAAUACCCCUCGUUCUCAGACUGACCACCGGGAUUCAUCAAAGUCACUACUGGCUCCAUCUGGGUCAUCUUCAAUAAAUUUAAGUAGCCUAUCCAAGUUUGAGAGACCUCUUCUUCAUCAGUCUAUAAGGCAUUUAGAAGACGGAUCAUCAAAGGCAGGAAACACUUGUCUGCCUCCUCUGCCUUGCCUGAAGCAGCAGCAGGUAGAGGCUGCUGCGGAUGUAAGGAAAAGCAGAAUGAAUUUGCAGCAGCAGAAGGUGGAUAGGCAUUCUUUGAAGUUGCUUCAUAACCAUUACAUGAAGUGGAGAUUUGUGAAUGCAAAAUCAAAGGCCUCUAUGAUUGCAGAGAAAAAGGAAGCUGAGAAUAAGCUAUAUUCAUUGGGAUGCAUGACAGCAGAGUUGCGUGAAAGUGUCCAAAGAAAGCGUAUCGAGCUUGAGUUGUUAAAGAUGAAAAACACCAUAAAGACGAUCCUCAAAGAUCAAAUGCCAUAUUUGGAUGAAUGGUCUGAAUUGGAGGGAGAGUAUUCAUCUUCUCUAUCAGAUGUAACAAAGGCUUUGGUUAAUGCAUCAAUUCAACUUCCACUGGGUGGGAAUGUUCAUGUUGACACAAAAGAAGUUGGAGAAGCUUUGGGGUCGGCAAUAAAGAUGAUGGAAAGCAUAAGUUGUAAUAUAAAUGGAUUCAUCGAAAGAGCUGAAGAGACAGAUGUAUAUGGUUCGGAGGUAGCAAGAAUGGUUGGUGGAGAAAGAGCUCUUGUAGAAGAAUGCAAAGAGUUGCUUUACAAGACGCACGCAUCACAGGUGGAAGAAUGCAGCCUUAGAGGACAGCUAAUGCAAUUACAAAAACGUUAGAAGAAGAAGAAGAGGAGGAGUUGAUUGUUUGUUGUAACAACACAGUAGUAGAGGAGGAGUACAACAAGUACAUAUAUAUAUAUUUCUUGCUUGCUUCUUGCUUGCUUGCUUU